CCGCGCACUGUUGACUGCAUGAUCGGUCGGUCGGUCGUUGCAUUAAAUGGGAGUCAUGCAGAUAUCAAGCACGGUCACUCACCUCAACCUCACGCACACCCACACCCUCAUAACACCAUCACCAUCUCUCGAUGGAGAACACGCCCACACGCCCAUUUAUCCAUACCCGCCAUCAAACGGUCUUGCCCACGGCUGCCGUGCCGGUGUGUCACGCAAACAGGCCAGCCCGGCCACGAACACGCCGACACGAGAUGUGCCCGUGUCGACGCAGCCGUGGCCGUGUUGAUCGGCAUCCCGAGACACAUCCAGCGAACACUUCUCAUCUCACGUCAUCAGAUCUGUGUGCUCGCCCAGGUCCGUCUGUCCGUCUGUCUGUCUAUGAGUGUGUGUAAAGAGACCGACUACCAAAUGACCGUAGAGACGCCACACCAUGUACACGUACACGUACCCAUCACACGCACAUGCGUACGUACGUGUCCGUACGCAGCUCACGAAUGAAGGAAUGAUGAAUAAAACCCGCCACACGCACAAGCGAUAUCGGUAUGAUGCACUUGAAAGUGUCAUGCAGCAGCGACCCGGCGUGCACGUCACAUGACAUGUCAUGAAAUCAACCAGACAGACAGAGACAGAUGUGGUGCGUGUCUCCCUCUUGGAUGGCGGCGCCGCCCCAAAAAACAGGGGCGGGCGGCCGGUCGGGAGACACACCUCACAUCACAUAAUACAACGCAACCACACACAGGGACACACACGGCACAGGGGGCAGGCAGAGUAGCAGUCAGUGCACUGAGCUAGCAGGACCAGCGAAAAAGUCGUUCGUUCUUUGCAUGUGUGUGUGUGUAUGUAUGUCACUGUGACAGAGCCGCGUCGACGGGUCGGGAAAAACGCCUGAUGGACAAACCAACCUGACAUAAUAAUAUAUAUAUGUACGUGUGUGUAAGUAUGUACCCCCUCCCUGUCCCCUCCCCAGGUCACGUCAGUCACACCACAUCACAGCACACGCACCCGCAACGCACACACCAUGAGCAGACCACAUGACACGCUCCAAAAACUAGCUAGCCACGGCCUGACGCACGCACGUAUCUGUUGUAAAAGACGACCAUCAUACGCACCGACGCCAUCCGGCUGGCCAGUGUCACCCACGGACACGGCAGCAAAACAGCACACAGACAGGUAGACAGACAGCGAUCCGUAAAAGCAAAAUCUGUACACACAGGGAGGGAGAACACGUCAGGGGAAAAACCACGCACGGCCCGAAAAGAAAACAACACGACACACAGGGAGGGGUAGACGGGAGCCUAGACCUGCACGCCGUCCUGCUUGCCGUCCCUGCAUCACACACACCACACCAAAAGAGAGUGAGAUUCAUACCAAGAUCACCGUCCAGCCUCUAUUGUGUAGUGUUGGUGAGCUGAGCUCCUCAGCUCACAUCAUGUCUUUCUCGGCAGCCAUGUGCGCCCGUGGUGACAUCCGCGGUGAGCCGCCAGGCGACAUGCCGACCCAGUUGUAGGCGGGGCCGCCGUGCUCGUCGAGGUCCAUGCCCUCCUCCUCGAUCUCCUUGCUGAUCCGCAGCCACCCCAUCAUCUUGAUCGCCCCGAAAGUCAGGCAUGCCAGACCGCCCGACCACGCCGCGAUGGCGAGGAUGCCGACGACCUGCGCGCCGAGCAGCCCGCCCUGGCCCAUGGUGAAGAGGCCUGACCCGUUGUGGAGCAGACCAAGGGCGAAGCAGCCCCACGCACCACACGCACCGUGCACUGACAUCAAAACACGACAGAGAGACACGCAUCGCAUGAGUGUUUUUGACAUGAGAAGCCAGUUGACUCUGUAGUGCGCCCGCCCACUCACCGCAGCUGGCCUCGAGAGGGUCAUCGACGUGCAGGAGGUCGUUGAGCUUGGAGGCGCCGACAUAGAUGCAUCCGGCGACGAGGCCGAUGACGAAGGCCGCCCAUGUCUCGACGUCGGCGCAGCCGGCAGUGAUGCCCACGAGGCCGGCAAGGAACCCGUUGGCCAGACCGGUGACGUCGAACUUGAAGCCCUUGGCAAAGUAGCUCUUGAGGAUGAAAGCAAUCCCACCUGUCCGCACACACGCACAUGGAUGCAUCUAUGCAUACAUCGAUGUCUGUCUGUGGCUCUCAGCAAGUCGCUUGCUGGCUGAGUGACCGACCGGCGGCGCCAGCCGAGAUGGUGGUGUUCUGCGCAACACGCGCGGCCUGGGCGAUGCCUGCGCCUGAGAUGGCGAGCGUCGAGCCGCAGUUGAAGCCAUACCUGUCACACACAGCGACUUCCAUUAGGCGCAACCGGGCGUCCGGUUCUGCUCUGGUGGGUGGUGGUGGGUGGUUACUUACCAGCCGAACCAGAGGAUGAGUGCGCCAAGGCCGACGAAGGGGAUGUUGUGGGGGUAGAACUCAUAGGGGUCCUCCGUCUCAGAGUAGCGGCCCGUACGGGGGCCGCACAGCCACGCACCGAACCAUGCCGCUACACCACCAGUCAUGUGCACAAUGCCAGAGCCCGCGAAGUCUGACAGACAGCAUCACACGAUUACAGGGAGUGUCGUUGGUCUUGCGGGUUCACUCACUCAACUCACUCACUCACCGCUGAAGCCGAAGGUGGAGAGCCAUCCGCCGCCCCAGGUCCAAUGCACGAUGAUGGGGUAGAUGAGGCCAAUCAUGAUCACGCAGAAAGUGGCGUACGCCUCCAGACGGGCUCGCUCCGCAACGGCACCCGACACAAUGGUGGCUGACCACAUGCAAUGCAGCACAGCACACAAGAUCGUCCCAUGUACGCGCCGCGGGUACUGUGCUGUGACGGUGACUCGCAGUACCUCCAGCCGAGCAGAAGGCGAACUGGAAAAACCAGUCUCUGAAGUGGAGUGAGCCGGCGUCGAGAUCAUGGUCGUACUCGGCACUCGCGCCGCCAAACAGACUCGUGCCGAGGAAGCCACCGCCGUCGGCACCGAACUGACAUCACACGCACCCACGCACCCCCGUCCGUACAAGAACGAAACGGAAUCACACACCGGCUGUCUGCACGUGGGUGGGUGGCUGGCUGUGGCUGCUUACAGCGAGUCCAUAGCCCCAGAUCCACCAGACGAUGACCGAAAUGGACUUGUCCAUCAAGUUCUUGGCCAAGAUGUUGGACGCGUUCUUGGCACGCACCGAACCUGCCUCAAGCAUCGCAAACCCCUGCACACAACACACAUUUGCAGCAUGCGUGCGUGAGUGAGACAGAGACCCCCAGGCAGCUGUCUGUCUGUCUGUCUGUCUGUCUGUCUGCGGCUGUGCGAGUGAGUGAGUUGACUGACCGCUCCCAUGAAGAAGACGAGUGCGCCCGACAUGACGAUCCAUGCGCUGUCGAUGGAAAAGGUGAGCUCUUCGAUGAGCGCAUUCACCUCCUGGGCGUUGGAGGCCUUCCAUGUGCAUGUAGUCGGAUCCUCCGCAAAAUCCGCCUCGGUGCAGUCCCGAUCAUUCGCCCCCUCCCAGUUCUGGGCGGCCACACAGCAGCACCAGCACAGCAGCCGUGCACUCACACAGAUGCCGGAUCUUUGCCGUGUUUUGUCCCCUCACCUACCUUGCAUCCCGCGGGGAGUGUGCCGGCGUCGAAGUCCUCUUUAGUGCACUGAUUAGUGGUCAGCAGCCAGGCAACACAAGACAAACAAACCACGCAGGCGUGCGUGUGAGGCAUCUGAGUGCAUGCGGCCUCUUCUCCGCCCCUCCCUCCCUCCCUCCCUCCCUCCCUUGUGCUGUCAGUCUUCCCUGACUGACCUCAGUGUCCAUGAUGUAGGUUGCCGCCCUGGCGACGGCGAACAGCCCAAAGAGGGCGAGCAGAGCAGCAAGCGACCUCAUCUUGCGAUGGUGCGAUAGAGUGAGUGAGAUGUGAGUCCGCAGGAAAGAUCUCCGCAGUCACGACACCGUCUC